UGAUCUAGGUUUCUUAAUCAACAUCAAAGGAGAAGGAAAUCACCAUGGGAGAGGUUGAUCCAGCCUUCAUUCAAGCCCAAGAACACAGGCCGAAACCUGAGAUCACUAGAGCAGAAGGAAUACCCUUGAUUGAUCUUUCCAUAAUCAGCUCUCCUAAUUCCAACUUAGACAACGAUCAAGCACUUGGUGGUCUUGUUGAGGAAAUAGGCAAUGCAUGCAAAGAUUGGGGAUUUUUUCAAGUGAUCAAUCAUGGGGUGCCGCUUGCUAAGCGACACAACAUUGAGAGAGCAUCAAGAGAAUUUUUUGGUCAGCCUCUGGAAGAGAAAGGGAAGGUGAGGAGAAAUGAGGAGAAAGUGUUGGGUUAUUAUGACACUGAGCAUACCAAGAAUGUUAGGGACUGGAAAGAAGUGUUCGAUCUCAUUGUCCAGGAUCCAACGGUUGUCCCUGCUUCAUAUAAGCCUGAUGAUGAGGAACUAACCAAGUGGUUUAAUCAGUGGCCUGAAUACCCCAAUGACCUGAGAGAGGUCUGUGAAGAGUAUGCUAAAGAAAUGGAAAAACUAGCUUGCAAAUUGAUGGGGCUGAUAGCCCUGAGUCUAGGCUUGCCAAAAGACAAGUUCCAUGGAUUCUUUAAAGAACAAACCAGCUUCAUUAGACUCAACCACUACCCACCUUGCCCAGUCCCUGACCUCGCACUCGGCGUUGGCCGACACAAGGACGCCAUGGCCUUGACCAUCCUUGCUCAAGAUGAUGUUGGAGGGCUAGAAGUGAAGAGAAAAACAGAUGGAGAGUGGCUUUGGGUCAAGCCAACCCCAAAUGCCUACAUCAUCAAUGUUGGUGACAUUAUUCAGGUAUGGAGCAAUGACAUUUAUGAGAGCGUGGAGCACAGGGCGAUGGUGAAUUCUGAAAAGGAAAGAUUUUCCAUUCCCUAUUUCCUCAGCCCAGCACACUACACCAACGUGCAGCCCUUGGAGGAGCUCAUAAAUCAGCAAAACCCUGCCAAAUACAAACCAUACAACUGGGGAAAAUUUCUCGUCACAAGAAAACGUAGUAAUUUCCAGAAGCUUGAUGUUGAGAACAUCCAGAUUUAUCACUUCAAGAUACCCGAAUCAGAGCUGGCCGAAAAAGUGGACUGAUCGAGCAAUAUUGUCCAUCAACAAGUAAUAAGACGCUGCUGCCUAUAAAUGGCAGUACCUUGUAAAAAUCACAAAUGGAACUUUGGAGUCACGGUGCCAUGUAUUAAAAAUAAUGGAAUUUGCUAUGA